UUAAACGUCCUUUAGCUUUCUCUAUCCUCUUUAUUCUCUCCUCGUGUGUACGAUUCGUAAAGGAAUCUAUCCUUUUUCGUCUCCUAUUUCUUCCCCCUCUCCUUCCUUCCCUUUCAUUUCUCCACCCUUUUGUUUGUUUGUUUUUUUCUCUGUUGUUCACUCUGUGCUCUCUCUCCAAUGCGUGGAUAGAAGAAUCAGAAAAAUCGAUUGGGUAAAUGGAUCAAAGUGUUUUCUCUCCCAUCAAAUACACCGAACACCGCCAUGUCACUAAGAAGCUCCUGAGACCCUCGUCGGUGAGGUCUAGAAAUGUACCAGGCUGCCGAAGCCAGUCGGAGCCGAGCGCCUCUAGUGGACCAAGAGUGGUGAAGAUCUCCGUCACCGAUGCCGACGCGACAGACUCGUCAAGCGAUGAAGAGGAUGAGCUCUUCUGUCGUCACCGUGUGAAGAAGUAUGUGAGUGAGAUCAGCAUCGAGUCUUGCUCCAGGGAUAAUAGCAGCACCACCGCCACCGGACCUUGGACAAAUAGAUCCGUACGGAACGGUCGGAAGAGACCUGCCGGACCUGCAGAGACUCAGGCAGGCCGCCGGUCGGUGAAGCUAUCUGUGUCUAACAACGGUAAGAAGUUCCGUGGCGUAAGGCAACGGCCGUGGGGCAAAUGGGCGGCUGAGAUUCGAGAUCCUGCGCGACGUGUACGGCUAUGGCUUGGUACUUUUGACACCGCUGAGGAAGCGGCCAAGGUUUACGACAAUGCGGCGAUUCAGUUACGAGGCCCCGAUGCCAUGACCAACUUCGCUACUACCACUACAGCACCUAAACCCAAGCCAGAAAUACUGACGACAACGUCUUCCAGCUAUGACUCCGGCGAGGAAUCACCUCACAACCUCUCAUCUCCAACCUCCGUUCUACGGUUCCGUUCUCUUUCCACUGAGGAGUCCGAGUGCCAAAAUCGACAGGAACCGGUUAAACAAGUCAAAGAAGAAGCCAUUUUCCCUGAGCCUGAACCUCAAUCUGUACCUGUUGGUGGUUGCAGUAGUAACAGUGAUAAUAAUAAUAAUAAUAGUACUAGUGUGAGUGGUACUGAUGGUGAAGGAGAAAUCUUCUUGUCGUCCGCAGAAGACACACCAUUCCUAAACGACUUGAUGGAUUUCGAAACACCGGCGACGGAGAUGUUCGACGGGUUCAACUUGCCGGACAACUUUUUCAGUGUAGACUUCGGCGACAUCUUUCUCGGUUCAAGUGAGGAUAUCGGAAGCUCUACGUGGCGCGUAGAUGAUUUUUUUCAAGAGAUAGGCGAUAUAUUCGCUUCCGAUCCUCUCGUUGCUCUCUGAAAACGAGUUUUUUGACUGUAUUUUCCCGUCGUAGGCUUGCCGAUUCCUCGGCAGAUUUUGUAACGGCGGGAACCAAAUAUCAGUUACUUUAGUUUUUGGGUUUUUUUUUUUUUUGAAAAGUAUUA